AGUUCCUUGGCGCGUGUUUCCUCCCCCUGGGCUCUUCCCCAGAAGCGAGUGAUUCAGCUGUUCUGCCGGAAGGUCCCAAAGUUUCCCCUCCGAGGCGUGCAGGAAGAGUAAGUGAGCAGGAGUGAGGGAUGCUGAGCGGUUACUGUCAUCAGAGGUUCCGGUCACUUAAAACGUUGAGAAAAAAUAACCAUGUAUAAAGCUCUGUUGUGCUUAAAGCAUUUGUGCAGAAUGUCAUCAGAUGAGGAGAAAUACUCACUUCCAGUUGUGCAAAAUGACUCCAGUCGAGGCAGUUCUGUCUCUUCGAAUCUUCAGGAAGAAUAUGAAGAACUGCUUCGUUAUGCUAUAGUGACUCCAAAUAUUGAACCCGGUGCUUCACAGUCAUCUCAUCCUAAGGGAGAAUUGGUGCCAGAUGUCAGAAUUUCUACAAUUCAUGAUAUUCUUCAUAGUCAAGGAAAUAACUCUGAAGUAAGAGAAACUGCAAUAGAAGUUGGAAAAGGAUGUGAUUUCAAUAUUUCAAGUCAUUCAAAGACAGAUGCUACAACUUUUAUUUUAGAGUCAUCACCAGUGUUAUCGCCAAGGAAGCCUUCUCACCCGGUCAUGGAUUUUUUCAGUUCACAUCUUUUAGCUGACUCUUCCUCACCAGCAACAAAUUCUAGUCAUACAGAUGCCCAUGAAAUACUUGUGAGCGAUUUUCUUGUUUCUGAUGAAAACCUUCAGAAGAUGGAAAAUGUGCUUGAUCUUUGGAGUUCAGGUCUUAAGACAAACAUCAUAUCUGAACUAAGUAAAUGGAGACUUAAUUUUAUUGACUGGCACCGAAUGGAAAUGAGAAAAGAGAAAGAAAAACAUGCAGCACAUUUAAAACAACUGUGUAAUCAGAUCAAUGAAUUGAAGGAGCUGCAAAAAACCUUUGAAAUCUCCAUUGGGAGAAAAGAUGAGGUGAUUUCUAGCUUGUCUCAUGCCAUAGGCAAGCAAAAGGAAAAGAUAGAGUUGAUGAGAACAUUCUUCCACUGGCGAAUCGGCCAUGUCAGAGCCAGACAGGACGUUUAUGAAGGUAAACUAGCUGACCAGUACUACCAGAGAACUUUACUGAAGAAAGUCUGGAAAGGCUGGCGUUCCGUAGUGCAAAAGCAGUGGAAAGAUGUGGUAGAAAGAGCUUGUCAAGCAAGAGCUGAAGAAGUUUGUAUCCAGAUUUCCAAUGAUUAUGAAGCCAAAGUUGCUAUGUUAUCUGGAGCUUUGGAAAAUGCAAAAGCUGAGAUUCAAAGAAUGCAACAUGAAAAAGAGCACUUUGAAGAUUCCAUGAAAAAAGCUUUCAUGAGGGGUGUAUGUGCAUUAAAUCUUGAAGCCAUGACUAUAUUUCAAAACAGAAAUGAUGCAGGGAUAGACUCCACAAAUAAUAAAAAGGAAGAGUAUGGUCCUGGUGUUCAAGGAAAAGAACAUUCUGCUCAUUUGGAUCCUUCAGCUCCUCCGAUGCCCUUACCGGUUACAUCACCACUGCUGCCAUCCCCACCAGCCGCCGUCGGAGGAGCCAGUGCGACUGCCGUUCCCUCAGCUGCUUCGAUGACUUCUACCAGGGCUGCUUCCGCAUCUUCUGUUCACGUUCCUGUUUCUGCUCUUGGUGCAGGAUCUGCAGCUACUGCUGCAUCAGAAGAAAUGUAUGUGCCAAGAGUUGUAACCUCUGCACAACAGAAAGCAGGAAGAACUAUUACAGCCCGGAUCACAGGAAGAUGUGAUUUUGCUUCAAAAAAUAGAAUUAGCAGCAGUUUAGCUAUAAUGGGAGUUUCUCCUCCCAUGAGCUCAGUUGUUGUGGAAAAACAUCAUCCAGUCACAGUGCAAACCAUUCCUCAAGCAACUGCAGCAAAAUAUCCCCGGACCAUUCAUCCUGAAAGUAGUACCUCAGCUUCCAGAUCACUUGGAACCAGAUCAGCUCACACCCAGUCUCUCACAAGUGUUCAUUCCAUAAAAGUGGUUGACUAAAGUGAAUAUGUCCAUAGUGGGGUCUUUUAAUCCCUCUGGUCUUACCAAGGGUUAGAAGUCUUUUGGUUUUAACUUUUCCAUAUUGUUAGAACAUCAUGGAUACAUCGUGUUCAUCUGUUCGAAAUUACAAAGAGGCUUUUUCAAGCUCUACCAUGCUUUGUAACUAUAUGUAGAAAUUAUUUUAAUGUUAUUUUUUAUUUAAGCAAUUAAGUAAAACUUUUUUAAAUUAAAAAAGAAA